UCUACGGAAGGGAAACUAGUCCCUUCCAUGCCUGUAUAGCUGUGAUUGGCUAUCACCCUGGAAACUUCGCCUGUGUCCAUGAGCCGACACUGAGGCGUCUCUUGUAAGGAAGCCGGGAGUGCCCAUCUCGCGGCGAGUUACGUAACGCGUCGCGUUUUAUACCGGCAAUGGCGAACAGUAAAGGCAGUAGCCCAAGCGCGGAGUCGCAGGAGGUAACCUACUAUACCUUGGAGGAUGUGCGGAAACGAAACACUGUGAAGGAGCUGUGGCUGGUCAUCCAUGGCCGGGUCUACGAUAUCACCAGCUUCGUAGAGGAGCACCCAGGCGGAGAAGAGGUCUUAUUUGAACAGGCAGGAGCUGAUGCCACUGAAAGCUUUGAGGAUGUCGGCCACUCGUAUGACGCAAGAGAGAUGCUGAAGCAGUAUUAUUUAGGAGACCUACAUCCGGAUGACUGCAAAACCAACAGUAAAAAGGACGACUUAAAUCCAUCAUCUAGUUCAUCCAGUUCAUGGUCCAAUUGGCUGAUUCCAGCCGUGGCUGUCCUACUUCUGGGCCUCAUGUAUCGGUUCUACUCCACGGACAGCCGCUCCUCCUGAAUGUUACCCACCUACCAUAACCAGCCUGUCUUCACGCACAAAAAAAUGAGCAGGAUCCGGAAAACAGAGAAGAGACGUCCCCACAUCUCUGCCACAGAUCCGGGUGUAAGACUUGAAUGGAACCUCCUCAUUUUAUCUUUGUGAUCAAGAAUGGUCAUCCAUGUUGUGCGCGUGCAAUUGUGUUUUUACCCUUAUCUCAACUUUGGGUAUUCUUACAGGACUUUUUACCAGAAUAUUGCUGUCCGGUUGUGUCCCAGAGCAUGCCUCUUACUUUGUAUUCUUUUCUUUUAAACCUCUUCACUUAAUGUGACUACUGGGUAUUCCAGAUUUUCUGUGGUUUCCAUUUUAUUACUGGUGCAGAAAAACAGUUUUUUUUUCCACAUAGUCUGGUAAAGUUAUGGAUGCAUGUCGGUACAAACUGUACAAUGUUCGGCAUUUUAAACUCUCAAUGCCAUUGGGUGUGAAUGAUUCUCUGCUAUCAAAGUCACUAAUUGGUUGUCAUAAAUGUCAUAUUUACACUUAAAGCCAUAACUAUGGAGAUUCGGAAAGUCAAUGAUUUUAAUAAACUUUCUCAUGUAUUAUUCUGA